AUGGUUCGUUACUUGCAUUUCUUCUCUCUGUCAUUCUAUAUCUUCUUCUUAAUUCUCCAAGGUGGCCCAAUCUCAAUUUCAGAUGAUGCAGUCACAGCCCCCCUCAGUGUUGUCAAAAAAACUUGCAAGAAAGCGGCCGACAUGGAUCCUAAUUUGACAUACAAAUUUUGUGUUACAUCUCUUCAAGCUGUUCCAAGGAGUCAUUGUGCGAAUCUAAGAGGACCUGGAUUGAUGAUAAUGAAAAAGAAGAAGAAGUUAGAGCCAUUUUACAGGAGUUGUUUGGAGAGUUGUUUAGAGCUUUAUUCUAAUGCAAUAUGCUCGACUAGAGACGCCAUUAAGUAUUAUAAAUCUAGGAGCUAUUUAGAAGCUAAUGUGCAGUUUAGUGCAGUCAUGGAUGCACCUUCAACUUGUGAAGAUGGGUUUAAGGACAAGGAAGGUCUACGAUCUCCAUUGACGAAGAAGAACAGUGAUUUGUUUCAAUUAACUGCUUUGGUUCUUUCGAUCAUCGAAAUGCUUCGUUAG